AUGACUCAAGACAAACCGAUAGUGGAAACGAUUUCCAACGCGGGGAAUCAGGUGACGAAUGCAUUGGGACAAUUCUGGCAACUUCUGACCUCGAAUCAGUCAAAAAGAGCUGGUAUUGAGUCGAAACCAGUGAGAAUCGAUCAGCUCCCAUUGUACGCUGAGGACAAUGCUCCUAUCGCCCAGAAGUUCGUUCCAGAAGAACCGCUGCCGCUUCAACGCGAGUUCGCCACCGUUCGUAUCGCUUGUCAGGAGGAAUACUCUCGUGUAGCUGAACGUUUCAAAGUGGUUGAUUGUGCAAUGAGUCAAACGAAGAAGGCGGCGACGAGAUGUAAUGAGUACCUCACUGAAGAGUGGACCGCCCUUCCGAAAGCCGCCGCCAUCACCGUUGGUGGAAUGGCUGGAUUUGUAUUGGGAUUGAAGCGUGGGCCCGUUGGACGUCUUCUGACAACCACCGUCGGUUUGGCUACAAUGGCCGCAUUCUGUUAUCCGAUUGAGGCGGUUGAUGUGGCUAAGACUGGAAGAGCACACGCCGAACAGACCUGGUAUUCAUUCCAGGAAUCUCCAACGCCAACGACAAUCGCCAAAACUAACCUGAGCCCACCGAAAUGA